GCCCCCAGCCAUCCGAGGUCGCAGCCACCUGGCCUGCGAGCGCCAGCCUGGGACAGUGGGAUGGGCGGGGGCGCUGUCCUCGGGGACUGAUCUUCGGCCUGAGCCGCCUGGGGGCAGCCAAGGGGUGGCCAGUUGCAGGCCGUCUGGGGGCACCACAGGACCCCGACUUGCGGCCUUAGAGGAGCUGAGGUCUACUGGCCAGGCUCUGACCGUCUUCCUGGGCCCAAGAGGCUUCAGCACCCCCUUCACCCCCACCAAGACUCUCCCUUUGUAAAUUGUGGGCUCUCCAGAAGUGCUUUGGGGGCGAAAGGCUCUAAGCUACACCUAGUCCCGGCCCUCACAAGCCCCCCGGAGGCGGCGCUAUCCUGAGGCUCCCGGGGCUUGGCAGGUGUUGAUGCCAGACGGAACAGCCCCAGGCUUCCAGGUCGUGCUGUGUCCAUUGUGUGGGGGUUGGACAUAGUUACUGAACAAGCGGAAGCCCUCGGGAGCCUAGCUGUAGGCACCUCACCAGCUUCCGGUAGCUUUGUCCAACCGGGACGACUGGAGAGCCACGGUCUCCAUCAGUUUGGAACACAUUAUGCUGCAGAUGGCAAGAUCCCCCUGGUCCAUGCUUGAGUGGACUGGGGUUGUCGGUCUUCACACCAGGAAGCCCACAGGUGGGCAGUUGGUGUAGCUUCAGUGACAGCCCCACCAGGGCUGGUGGCGUAGGAUAUCCAGGUGGCAACGCUGCUGCUGCCGCUCCGGCCAUCACGUCGAGGCUGGAAGGACGUGCUGCGCUGCUUCUCAUGGAAGUAAAAGCCUUCCCAUCCCCUGCCCCCAGCACCUUGCCCACAUCUGAGUGACAAAGGCAGGCAGAGACCAGGGUAUUAACUUUGACUUAACCCAUGGCCGUCACUUGGGCCUGGCACAUUGCUGCCUGGAACAGAUAAAGAUUCUGGCCACAGGAGGGAAGGGACAGCCGGUGAAGUAGGCGGCUGACAGCUGGCCCAGAGCCCCUUCUCCUGGACACACCCUGGGUGGGAAGAGCCCACACUCUACAAAGACUCGGCCUCCCGCAGGCCUACGAACUGGCCUGAGUGGCUGCCUCUGAGCAAGGGUCCCCACCCGAAUGGCAGGCUUUGUGGCCUGGAGAGGCUCCCCAUUCUCCUUGCUGGCCUGUGACUUGAAAGGGGCAAACAUCAGGCGUGGCAGGGAUUAAGAACUGCCUGGUUUUGUGACUUUCUGGGUUAGCUUCUUGCAUCUAAAUCGUCCACUGUGACUUUAAGCCUCUGUGUCAAAAUUACCUGUGAUCAAGGUCAGGGUUUCCCAGGCUGGUGGGGGCUGGGCCAAGUCUCAGCCCCUAGAAAUGAGGGGCCUGCGGUUGCCUGCCUCCCCUGCCCCCGGCCCCCCAGCAGGCGCUGGCUCCGCUCGGGCAGUGGGAGGCGGGGUGUUGGGACUGCAAUGCCAACAGGCCAAAGGACACAGCUGCCGUCGCCCUGGCCGGCCAGGCGUCCUCCCCCAGCGGUACAGGCCGUGCCAGCCUCCGUCCCCUCCCUUCCCUCCUCAGCCUCCAGAGAUGGCCCUGGGCCUUAUCUGUCAGGAAUGGGGAAGAAGGAAGGCAGUUACCAGGCUCUGUCGCUGUGGCCCCAGCUGAAGACCCAGGGUGUCCUGAGCAGCUGGGUAGGCCCGCAGGGAGCCGGCUGGGGCACACUCGGCCCCUCACAUUCCUGAGGGCAGGGUCCUUGGACUUUCAGACCCCUGAGUUGGAAUUCCCACGUGACCCUGGGCAAGUGUCUGAACAACUCCCGUACAGCAGGUGGGAAGGUGUGGGUACAGGAGCCGGCUCACCUCGAGCCUGCCGCCUUCCCUACCGCCCCGCUGGACCCCAGGCCGACCCUCACCCUGAAAACAUCUCUCCCCAUCACUGUCCUCCCCAGGGCCGAGUUCUGCCGUGAAGUCAGUCCCAAACGCCUGUCCUGGUCUUCCCGCCCCUGAAGGCCUCAGCCGGCCCUUUGCCCACGCACCCUCCCAGCCCCCAGCAUGCAGCCCCCCGAAAGCGGCGUCCAGUACAGCAGGUGGGACGGCAGCAGCUGGGAUGAAGUCAGCGUGGCAGCCGUGUCCAGCACAGGGGAGGCCUCGAGCUGGAAGAGGCUCUCCCAGAAGCUGUGCUCCGGCAAACUGGGCACCGCCAUGAAGCUGCUGGGCGGGGUGGCGCUCUUCUGGACCGUCUUCAUCCUGGGCUACGUCACCGGCUACUUCGUGCACAAAUGCAAAUGAGUGCUGGCUGCUCGCGAUUGGGGGCACGGGCCGGGAGGGACCCCCGUGUAUGAGAACCCUGCCAUAUACAUGGACCCCGUAUACACAGA